GCCGCCAUACUGUAGGCUCCGCUCCGCGGCACAGGGAGGUGCGGUGUGCUGUGCUGUGAGCGCCGCUGCCAGGACCUGUGAGGAGAGCGCGGGCGAGUCCGGAAGCCGCGCCAUGGAUUUGGUGAGCUUUGAGGACGUGGCUGUGCACUUCACCCAGGAAGAGUGGGCUCUGCUGGAUCCUUCCCAGAAGAAUCUGUACAGGGAUGUGAUGCUGGAGACCUGCAGGAGCCUCACUGCUAUAGGGUAUAUAUGGGAAGAACAGAAUGUUGAAGAUGACUGCAAAAAUGUUGGAAGAAUUCAAAGGCAUGUCAUAUCUGACUCUGAAUAUUUACCAGAGGAGCAGGAGGGAUACGGAAGCAAACUGUACGAUUCUAGUUCUCUCCCAAGUAUCCAAGGAUACACGGGUGCUCACACUGUGAAUGGACCUUGUGAAUGUGAGGUAUGUUUAAAAUCCUUUGGUUUUCCAAGUACAUUUGGAAUGUAUCACCAACCCCACAGUGGACAAAACUUCUGUGACUACAAGGAAUGUGGAAAGGCUUCUGUUUAUCACAGUUCACUUUACACACAUGGAGGAACUCACAGUAUAAGAAAAUGUUACUCAUGUAACCAGUGUGGCAAAGUUCUGAGUUCUUCCAGUUCCCUUCAAAGGCAUGAGAGAAUCCACACGGGAGAGAGACCCUAUAAAUGUCAGCAGUGCGGGAAGGCUCUGAGUUCUUCCACUUCCCUUCAGAGGCAUGAGAGAAUCCACACAGGAGAGAGACCCUAUAAAUGUCAGCAGUGCGGGAAAGCCUUUAGAUGUCACAGUGCCCUUCAGUUACACGAAAGAAUUCACACUGGUGAGAAACCCUACGAGUGUCAGCAGUGCGGGAAAGCAUUCACAUGUCACAGUUACCUUCGAUUACACGAGAGGACUCAUACUGGAGAGAAACCCUAUGAAUGUAAGCAGUGCGGGAAGGCCUUCAGGUGUCAGACUUCCUAUCACAGACAUAAAAUCAUUCACGGCGGAGAAACGUUCUAUGAAUGUAAGCAGUGCAGCAGGCUCUUCAUCUAUCCCUCUCUGCUUCAGAUGCAUGAAAGAACUCACACCAGCGAAAGACCAUAUAAAUGUAAGGAGUGCGGGAAGUCAUUCCUUUAUCCCUCUUUACUUCAAAUGCACGAACGGACUCACACCGGGGAGAAACCCUACGAGUGCAAGCAAUGCGGUACAGCCUUUAGACAUCACUCUUCCCUUCGACUGCAUGAAAGAACUCACACAGGAGAGAAGCCCUACGAGUGCCAGCAGUGUGGGAAAGCCUUCACUCGCCACACUUCCCUUCGGUUGCAUGAGAUAACCCACACUGGAGAGAAACCUUACAAAUGCAAAGAAUGUGGGAAAGCCUUUAGACAUCACUCUUCCCUUCGCCUGCACGGAAGAAAUCAUAGUGGAGAGAAGCCCUACGAGUGUAAACAAUGUGAUAAAGCCUUUAUACGGUACAGUUACCUCCGAUUACACGAGCGAACACACACAGGAGAAAAACCUUACGAAUGCAAACAGUGUGGGAAAGCCUUCAGCCGUCACAGUUCCUUUCAGAGACAUAAAUCUAUCCACACCGUGGAAAACCCCUAUGAGUGUCAGCAGUAUCUAAUCCCUUUGCCCCUAUUUCCUCCAAGUACAUCGGACAACUCGUUCUGGUGAGAAACACUACGGAUGUGAGCAGUGCUGAAGUGUUGUCCUUACCCACUUAAAACACAUGCAAGGACAAAGAUGCCACAGAAUAGGCCUCGUUCACAGAAAUGAUUCCAUUUAGACUUCAAAGGCACGAAGGACUUCAUGCUGGGCACAGUUUCUACAAAUGUAAGCAAUGCGUGGUAAGUCCUUUAUUGGUCACUUUCCUUUCACAGAAACAAGUAAUUCAUGCCUUAUGAAUGGAAACAAUAUGGUUAGUCUUUUAUCCCUGUUUGCUUCAAACAUGAAAAUAACUUAAGGUGCAGAAUGCUGUGAAUGUCAACAGCUGAAGCCUUCCAGAGUUGCAGGUCCCUUCAGUGUCGUGAACGGCGUCUUCCUGGAGGAAAACCCCUGUGAUGUUUAGGUGCCAUUGCCUCCAUAGAUCCCAUGACAGUCUUCUUUUGGAAACAAUGCCUGUGAGUGGAAACAAAGCUGUGACGCCCUCACGCUCAGUUCCUUUCAAAGAUGUACAAAUAUUAGUGGUGGGACAAAGCCAUAUACAUAACGAAUCUGGUAAGUUUCGGUUGUCAGUAGGUGUCAGCUUUGUCAGUAGUGCAGCUGCCUGUAAGUUGCCUGUGCUCAAUAACCCAAUUAAAGUCAGUGGUGCCCCAGGCUG